CUGCUGCGUCAGGAGAGAGAGAGAGAGAGAGAGAGAGAGACUCCCUGCUCCCAGCACUUUGGCCAAACUUGCUGCUUUAACAGCUCUCAGCAGACACACACACACACACACAUACACACACAGCUCUCAUCUUCCACAUGCAGCUCGCAGGAUUCCAUUCAGUGUGCAGAGCUCUCCGGAUGGAACUUAGAACGUUGCCUCCAAUGCAGUAAUCAGCCCCCUAGCAUGUGCUGAGUAUCCGCGGAGAGACGCAGGACUGGGGACCAUUUGGACGCAUCUUGGCCAUGCCUUCUGCUUGCUAACCGCAUUCGGAUGUGGGUUUCCCCUCCUCUCCAUUCACGUGGGACCGUGUUGCAUCCUUGCUCCCUCUUGGCAUUUUAAUGAAAGCAAUAAUCGCCCUCAAGACAGCCUGCUUGCUAACCUUUGAACUGCAGGAUCAAGUUCAGAUCUGGUUACCUGCAUUGGGACAAGAAGAGGAAGGGGGAGGAGAGAGGGAGAGGGAGAGACUGCAAUAUCAUUUGUGAAUCGUUCACAGAGCUGCAGAUACAUAUUGCUAACACAUGCAGUGCAAAUGCAGGUAGCAGAGCACCAACUGCGGUUGGACUACUAACUUGAGGGCUCUCUGUGUGGACCUCAAUCCUGGGAAUUACUUACAUCCUUCUAAUCAUUUUUUUUAUCCAUCAAUCCUUAUUUGAGAAUUUUAUAAGAACUUUACAGAUAUUGCUGGAACUGACUGCUGAUUGUGUGUGGUUUUUUUUAACAAGGGAUUUUCAGGAAAAUAAGCUUUGGGAUCUAUUGUAUUUUUGUGUGUGUUUUUCUUUUUUUUGCUCCUGAUAUUUUUUUUUUGUCACGAAAAAGCCAAAAAAGGAUCUCCCUCACUUACAACUGUGGAAUUAAAAAAAAAAAAAAGUCCUGUGCUCAGCAAAUCAGCUCGGAUUGUGUGCACUGGGAUUGAAGGCAUCUGCUGCAAGCUGAGCUAGGCACACUGUGGACCUUACUGUCCCGGGAAGUGCAAGGAUGAAGUAAGUGGCCAUCGAACCUGCUGAUUACACGGGUGCUGCGGACUAUGAGAGGGUAACUUGGCUGGUGCUGGGUCCAAGUCUGCCAUCCUUUAUAGCUUAUUUCAACAGUGCCAGGGGGUAAACUGAGAGCCAUGAGGACUGCUUGGGGUUUGUGCAUGUUCCUGCUGAGGAUGUCUCUGACUCUAGCAGCCUCCAAACAGCUGCUCAAAUACCGGCUGGCUGAGGAAGGUCCAGCCGAUAUCCGGAUUGGGAAUGUGGCUUCUGAGAUCGGAAUAGCGACGGGCUCCGGGGACGUGACCUUCAGCCUGGAGUCUGGAUCUGACUUCUUCAAGAUAGACAACAUGACCGGGGAGCUGAGCACCACCGAGCGCCGGAUAGACCGAGAGAAGCUUCCGCAGUGCCAGAUGAUCUUCGACGAGAACGAGUGCUUCAUAGACUUCGAGGUGUCCGUGAUCGGACCUUCUCAGAGCUGGGUGGAGCUGUUCGAGGGCAGGGUGGUCAUCCUGGACAUCAACGAUAACACCCCGACCUUCCCGUCCCCCGUGCUCACCCUGACGGUGGAGGAGAACCGGCCGGUGGGGACCUUGUAUCUCCUGCCCACUGCCACAGACAGAGACUUCGGUAGGAAUGGGAUAGAACGUUACGAACUCAUCCAGGACGCCGGGGAGAGCCUGUUCGGCUCCGGCAGGCGUGGAGGGAGCAUCGGCUCCGGAGGACGCAUGGAGGCCGGGGAGAGCGCCCUCUACCCGGGCAAGAGGAGGAUGGAGUCGGACGGCAGGAGCAGCGUGUUCGAGUUGCAGGUUGCCGACACAUCGGACGGGGAAAAGCAGCCACAGCUCAUUGUGAAGGGGGCCCUGGAUCGGGAGCAGCGAGACUCCUACGAAUUGACCCUGCGGGUAAGGGACGGUGGGGAGCCACCUCGAUCUUCACAGUCCAUCCUCAGGGUGCUCAUCACCGAUGUUAAUGAUAACAGCCCCAGGUUCGAGAAAAGUGUGUAUGAGGCGGACUUGGCUGAAAACAGCGCCCCCGGUACCCCCAUCCUACAGCUGAAAGCCACUGACUAUGAUGUAGGGGUAAAUGGGCAGAUUGAGUACGUGUUUGGAGCUGCCACCGAGUCAGUGAGGAGGCUGCUCAGGCUGGAUGAGAACUCGGGUUGGCUCAGCGUCCUGCACAGGAUAGACCGAGAAGAAGUCAACCAGCUCAGGUUCACUGUGAUGGCAAGGGACAGGGGACAACCCCCAAAGACAGACAAGGCCACCGUGAUCCUCAACAUCAAGGAUGAAAACGACAAUGUUCCCAUCAUAGACAUAAGGAAGAUAGGCAGGAUCCCAGUGAAAGAUGGCAUGGCCAAUGUGGCAGAAGAUGUUUUAGUUGACACCCCCAUAGCCCUUGUCCAGGUGUCAGACAGGGAUCAGGGUGAAAAUGGUGUGGUCACUUGCACUGUGGUUGGAGAUGUGCCAUUCCAACUCAAACCUGCUAGUGACAGUGAGGGGGAUCAGAACAAGAAAAAGUAUUUCCUCCACACCUCUGCCCCACUGGACUAUGAAAACAUAAAGGAAUACAAUGUUACUAUUGUAGCUGUGGAUUCAGGAAGCCCCAGUUUGUCCAGCAGCAAUUCCCUCAUCGUGAAAGUGGGAGACACCAACGACAACUCACCAACUUUUAGCCAAGCUAUAGUGGAAGUAGCCUUCCCUGAAAACAAUGUGCCUGGGGAAAGAGUUGCCACAGUGUUGGCCAGUGAUGCUGACAGCGGUAAAAAUGCAGAAAUUGCCUAUUCUCUGGACCCUUCAAUGGCUGGAAUCUUCUCAAUUCAUCCAGACACUGGGGAUAUAACGGUAAAUAUCAUUCUAGACAGAGAACAGACUGACAGAUACGAGUUCAAAGUUGUUGCUGUUGACAAAGGUAUUCCUGUUCUUCAGGGGACUGCUACUGUGGUGGUACAAGUGGCUGACAAAAAUGACAAUGACCCCAAGUUUAUGCAGGAUGUGUUCAACUUUUAUGUGAAGGAAAACUUGCAGCCCAACAGCCCUGUUGGGAUGGUGACAGUGAUGGAUGCUGACAAAGGAAGGAAUGCAGAGAUGAGUUUAUUCAUUGAAGAGGAUGGUGAUAUUUUUUCUAUUGAAAAUGACACGGGCACCAUUUACUCAACAAGGUCCUUUGACAGGGAAUAUCAAAGCUUGUACAUCUUUAAAGUCAAAGCUGUGGAUGGUGGGGAUCCUCCAAAGUCUGCUACAGCCACUGUGUCCCUUUUUGUCAUGGAUGAGAAUGACAACGCUCCUACAGUUUCUUUGCCUCUCAAUAGUUCCUACACCUUGCUGCCACCUUCAAGUAGUGUUAGGACUAUCGUCACCACUGUGGUGGCCACCGAUACUGACACUGGUGUCAAUUCUGAACUGAACUACAGCAUAGUGGGAGGAAAUCCCUUUAAACUCUUUGAAAUCAAUCCCACGAGUGGAGUGGUGUCUCUGGUUGGAAAGCUAGCGUCAAAUCACUAUGGUCUGCACAGGUUAGUGGUAGGAGUCAAUGACAGUGGGCAACCCUCCCAGUCUACAACAGCUCUGGUCCACGUGUUUGUCAAUGAAACUGUCUCCAAUGCCUCUGUUGUCGAUUCCCAAAUCUCCAGAAGUUUGCACACCCCAUUAAGUCAGAACAUAGCCGGUGAUCCGAGCUAUGAAAUGAGCAAGCAGAGGCUUAGCAUAGUUAUUGGCGUGGUGGCUGGAAUUAUGACUGUCAUUCUUAUCAUACUAGUGGUGGUCAUGGCCAGGUACUGUAGAGCCAAAAACAAAAAUGGUUAUGAAGCUGGUAAAAAAGACCACGAGGACUUUUUCACUCCCCAACAGCAUGACAAGUCUAAGAAACCCAAAAAAGACAAGAAAAAUAAAAAAUCAAAACAGCCAUUGUACAGCAGCAUAGUGACAGUGGAAGCCUCAAAGCCAAACGGGCAGAGAUAUGACAGUGUGAAUGAAAAGUUAUCUGAGAGCCCUAGCAUGGGAAGAUACAGAACUGUGAAUGGAGGUCCUGGGAGCCCAGACCUUGCCAGGCAUUACAAAUCUAGCUCCCCUCUACCCACUGUGCAGCUUCACCCUCAAUCACCAACUGCUGGGAAGAAACACCAGGCUGUGCAAGACUUACCACCAGCCAAUACUUUUGUAGGAGCAGGAGACAAUAUCUCAAUUGGAUCAGAUCAUUGUUCUGAGUACAGCUGUCAGACCAAUAACAAGUACAGCAAACAGCCAUUUCGUAGAGUGACGUUUUCUGUUGUGAGUCAGCCUCAGGACCCCCAUCAGGGGUCGUUGCAGAGUUGCUAUGACAGCGGUCUGGAAGAGUCAGAAACUCCAAGCAGUAAGAGCUCCUCAGGGCCAAGACUGGGCGCUCUUCCCCUACCAGAAGACAACUAUGAACGAACUACGCCGGAUGGCAGUGUUGGUGAGGCAGAGCAUAUGGAAAAUGAUUCAAGACCUUUGCCAGAUGUAGCCCUGACUGGAAAGUGUACUCGUGAAUGUGAUGAGUAUGGCCACUCUGACUCAUGCUGGAUGCCAGUUCGCACCUCACCUGAAAGGAAACAGAAGAAUCAGCCAAAGCUCUCCACAUUCAUGCCAGUUGAUGAACGAGAUAGCCAAGAAAAAUUGGCCAAUGGAGAAGUUUCACUUAUGGGGGAUCGCAACAGGAAUCUACUCAACAAGAAGUUAUCAUCGUACGAGACCUUCAAUGCCGCUACGUACAGCAAAAGUGAUGAAGCCAAUCCAGAGGAUAUUCCCCUUACACAAACGGGGGAGUACAAGCCAUCCCCAGUCAAUACGUUAACUAGAAGAGAGGUCUAUCUGUAAGCUAUUUCAAGCCACAGGGUUCUUUUAUGUAAAAAAAAUAAAUAAAAUAAAAAAAGCUAGGGAAUAAGGCAAAACUUUAAAUUGUAACAAUAAAUCUCAGAAAUAUGAGGGGCCACCAAAGAGACAAAAGCUUUGCCUGCCACUUUUGCCUCCAUAUCAGGCACCUAAUUAUCAUGUUGGCUUGACUAUAUUGUGAUGUGUAGAGAACAUUGUUGUUAUUUGCAUGUAUAAACCCCUUCACUGCUAUUAUUUUCACUAAAUUGAUGGUUGUAAGUUUCUCUUAUGGUUACUGGCCUAAUUAAGAGAACACAGAGCACAGCUGUUAUUCUUAUGCAAACGCAUGUAAUAUAGCACUCAAAUUGUGUCUGAAUGUGAAAUGGCUUAUUAACCCCAUGGAAAUCAGAGGAUAACCAACACAUUGAUUUUCAAUACGUUGAUCAACUUUCUAUCUGAGAGGAUUAAUAGCAAAUGGGAAAUUAUAAACAUAUAAAAAAUGUAUAUGUUAUGUAUCUAAAACCAAAUGAAUAAGCACUUAAAACAGAUUUUUUUUCCCUAAAUUGUUUUUAUAAUUUUAGACCAAUGCCGGUAACCAUUAAAAUGCCAUACAGACAUAAAUUAAAAUAGCAUGUUGGA